GUUCCAUUAAAAAUUUCAAUUUAUGCAAAUACUAUGUACAAUUCUGUCACCUGAGAAGCGCGAGCUCAUAGGCUGGCCUGGCCCCAUUUGGGGUCGAAGUUCAAAGUAAUGACGUUCCACCGACGAAUCAAAUAUGGAGUCUAUCUUUCAUGAGAAACAAGAGGGCUCCCUAUGUGCCCAGCACUGCCUGAACAACCUGCUUCAGGGCGAAUAUUUCACUCCCGUGGAGCUGUCUUCUAUCGCGCAUCAGUUAGAUGAGGAGGAGAGAAUGAGAAUGGCAGAGGGAGGAGUAACAAGUGUGGAAUACAGAACAUUCCUACAGCAACCUUCUGGAAACAUGGAUGACAGUGGCUUCUUCUCAAUACAAGUCAUCAGUAAUGCUUUAGGGGUAUGGGGCUUGGAGCUGGUCCUCUUCAACAGCCCAGAGUAUCAAAGACUGAUGAUCGACCCAAUAAAUGAAAAGGCAUUUAUAUGCAACUACAAGGAACACUGGUUUACAGUACGAAAACUAGGACAACAGUGGUUUAAUCUGAACUCCUUGUUGACGGGCCCAGAGCUGAUUUCAGACACAUAUUUGGCUCUUUUUCUAGCACAGUUACAGCAAGAAGGGUACUCCAUAUUUGUGAUCAGAGGGAACCUUCCGGACUGUGAGGCAGAGCAGAUUCUGCGCAUCAUGAGGGUAGAGCAGCGGCAGCGACCCAAGCUGAUUGGAGAAGAAGCAGCCCAGUCUAGCAGUGGCCAAGCAUUUGCCGAACGGGGCACAUCAAUGCAGCAGAUGUUGGAGGUGGGGCAGGGUCUGGAAGAGGGCGUGAUUGACGAGGAUGAGGAGGAAUUACGGAAGGCCCUGGCCAUGAGUCGACAAGACAUGGAGGUGGAGGACGAAGAAGCCGAUUUGCGCCGGGCCAUUCAGCUCAGCAUGCUUGGUGCAGCUGGGAGCAGUCAAGCCCCUGAGACCAGAGAUGAGGGUACAGUCCAGAUUGCAGGGUCCACUCCCAAUGAGAAACUGACUGCUGAAGAACUGCGUAAGAAGAGGCAGGCCUAUUUUGACAGGCAGUCCCAACAGCAAGCUCAGACCCCCGCACCACAACAAGCGCAGACACCCACACCACAACAACCGGACAGCAGAAGCACUGGAGCACUGGCAGGUGGUACAGAAUCAGAAGAGAGCAGCGACAAGCAGGAGACUGAGAAGAAGCCCAGCCAGUGAGGAGUGGGCCAAGCUCAAUCAAGCCCAAGAUUGACCACUCUCUGCCAUGCCCGUUCUCGCGCUGCCACGCCCCUUCGUGAGGGCCAGCCUCUCCCCCUCUCCCCCUCCGUAUAUAGACAGACAGCCAAUCAGGUUCUGAGUUUCGCGUGCAUAUUGUAGACAGAGAUAAGAAAUCAAACAGUAGAAUAUGUUAUUUUGCCAUUAUGGUGUGGAGGGAGGGGAGGAUCGGCUUCUGUUAGUUAUUCCAAGUCUGCGGUGGCCUUCUACCACAGCGCCUUCAAUUUCUAUUUAUUUUAAUUUAUUUAAUUGUCAUUCUCUUUGGGGGAAGGCGGAGUGGAGUGUGUGAGCAGAAACACAGAUGAGCGUGGCACUGUUGCCGAGCACGGAAGGCCCAGGGGUGAGACUGGAGCCCAGAGGAUGAGAGGGAUAUAAUGGGGUGCAUUCCACCAGCCCCCAUGUCAUGGGACCAUUUUGGGAUUAAAGGGGUGUUCAGUUAAAACCACUCGCAUUCCUUUUUCACCGGUUCCCACCGGUUCCCUGCAAGGUCAAGAAUCUGGUGGUUUUCCAGAAAUGUGGUAUUUUCUUGGCACCAAGCGUGCUUUCAUAUAUACCAUAAGGAUUGAAAUGCUCCUCCAUUUCACACUCAGAGGGCAAAUACUGUGGCUAAUGUGGAUGAGGAGCGCAUUUAAGGCAUUAAAAUUCUGGCCCUGUCCUGAAGAGGUAGAUUGACAAACUGUAGCUUGCCAUUUCUGACAUCUACAGAUUGCAGCACAGUUUGUUGGCCCACACUUGGAAAAAGUGUGCACAAAGCAUGAUGCAUUUACAGUAGCUGUUAUUCUUCUGUUUUGGCAGUCCCAUUUUUCAACCCUUUUCACUUAUUUUCAAUCAAAUAUGUUCUUAGUAAUUACAUGAUUCUGAGUAGCAUGUUGUAAUAUUGGGAAUUUUUGUUUUGUCUGGAAACUGUCCUUUUAAUGACAGUGACCCAAUAGCAUUAACUCAGUAUGGAAAAAAAAAAAAAAAAACAUUUUACCACAACUAAGUGAUGCAUCAGAAGGUGACUGG